UUCAUAUAGGUCUGGUUCCGAUCGUCUCCGUCUCCGGCACGCGGUAACGGCUUUCGUGUUCGCCAACGUCGGCGAAGCAUGUGAUAAAAGAAAAACCUUUAGUCUAGCAUAAUACAUUUGACUAACGCGAUCUACUAAGCAUCUACUACUGCCAAGAACGUACAUUUAUUCGAAAAAUGGGCGAUCAGGCUAAGGAAAUUGAAGCAGCAGCCACACCCAUUCUGCAGGACUUCAAGGCCCCCGUGUUUACGGACAAUAAGCUCGUGCUCUACUUCCAUCCCUACAACUUCUAUUCACAAAAAGUUCUCCUGGUGCUCUAUGAGAAAAACAUUGACUUCACUCCCUAUGUGGUAGACUUAUGCAAUGGCGAGCAGUAUUCCAGUUGGUUCCUAAACCUCAAUCCCAAGGGAGAUGUUCCCGUUCUCCAGGAUGGAGCCUUCAUCAUACCCAACUCGACGCACAUAAUCAACUAUGUGGAGAGCAAGUUCCGGGGAGCGAAUCAUCCAGUGCUGAAGCCCGAACAGAGUUCCUCACAGUACGACCAGGUAAUGGUCUAUGAGAAUGCCGUGGGACGUGUGCCAGUGGGAGCUCUGAGUCUUGGCUCGUUCGUCCACGAUGAUCUAAAGCUGGUGCCCAAGGCGCCAUUUAUUGGGCCAGUUCGCCAAUCCUGCCUAAAGAAUAACGACAAGGUCCUGGACCUGCUCCGGCGCUCUGUGGAUGAGCUGGAAUCGAACAAGUCGGCGCUGAAGCAAAAGCUGGACAUUCAGAUUCGUCGCAAGGAUCUGGUGUCCUGCCGUGACGACUUUCAGCGCGUGCUCGAUGCCGUACGUCAUGUGCUGCUCUAUGUGGAGCAAGAGCUGUCCAAAAAGGCACCCCGCAACGAGUGGCUGACCGGGGACGAGGUCACCCUGGCGGACAUCAGCUUCGGACUGCUCCUGCAUCGCCUCUACCAGCUGGGAUUUGAGAACUAUUACUGGUCCUUCGGUAAGCUGCCCCAGGUGGAGGGAUAUUUUCUGCGCUUCAAGCAGCGCCAGUCGUACCACAAGCUGCAGCCCAGCAAUUUCGAGAUCCUCAAGGAGAUGUGGGCGAAGACGCCGGGAAACUACAAGCUGGGCGCAGGAGCCGGCUUCCUGGGUAUGGCCAUGUUCGCAGCAUUUGCUCAUAAGUGAACGGCAGAUACGUUUGUUAACAAAUCCUUUUACUGUUAAAGUUGGUCACAUAUAAACGCACGAACAUAAGAACGCUAAACGCUUAACGCUUAAAGCUACUACGUGGUAACCAGAUGGCUGACGCUGAUGCUGAUGCUGAUGCAGGGGUAUGGGAUGAUGAAGAGAAAGUAGAGGAGAAGAGAAGAGGGAUGAACCAUGUGCCAGCCAGUGUCUAGCUGCUAAAAUAUCAUAAUUUACAUAAGCAUCAUUCGAACGUUGAAUAUACAAAAAAUUUGGUAUAAAUUCCAAUCCGUCA